UCAUGACGUGUUGCUUUUCUUUUCCUCUCGGUGAGAAAGUGGCUCUCUCUUCCCUGAAUCAGGUCCUCUGCCACCCAGAGCCACAAAGAGACGUUCGGGACAUAGGCACACACACGCACACACACUGACUUAAGGUGAGCACCAAAAACUUCCUCCGCACUUCGCUGUCCUCUGUUUCAAACUGCUGGAGAGUUCUGAGAGCAUCUCAACUCGGGAGCUCUGCGCAAGUGAAGAAGAUUCUUUUGACUGUAAAGAUGAAGAGUCUACUUUUUCUGGUGCUGAUUUCUGCCUGCUGGGCUGAACCUCACCCUGACAACUCAAGUCUGGAGCAUGAAAGAAUUAUUCACAUUCAAGAAAAUGGACCCCGUCUACUUGUGGUAGCAGAGCAAGCUAAAAUCUUCUCACACCGGGGUGGCAACGUCACACUGCCAUGUAAAUUUUACCAUGAGCACACAUCAUCAACAGUUGGCUCAGGAACCCACAAAAUCCGGGUCAAGUGGACCAAACUCACCUCAGAUUACCUCAAAGAAGUGGACGUCUUUGUUGCAAUGGGCCAGCACAGAAAGAGCUACGGAAGCUACCAGGGCAGAGUGUUUCUGAGGGAAAGCAGUGAAAAUGAUGCCUCUCUCAUAAUCACAAAUAUAAUCCUGGAGGAUUACGGGAGAUAUAAGUGCGAGGUGAUUGAAGGAUUGGAGGAUGAUACAGCCGUGGUAGCUCUGAAUUUGGAAGGCGUUGUAUUCCCAUACUCUCCACGGCUGGGUCGUUACAACUUGAACUUCCACGAGGCUCAGCGAGCCUGCCUGGACCAAGACUCGGUUGUCGCCUCCUUCGACCAGCUCUACGACGCCUGGAGGUCGGGGAUGGACUGGUGUAACGCCGGCUGGCUCAGCGACGGCUCCGUGCAGUACCCCAUCACCAAGCCCAGGGAGCCCUGUGGAGGGAAGAACACAGUGCCUGGGGUCAGGAAUUACGGCUUCUGGGAUAAAGAUAAAAGCCGAUACGACGUUUUCUGUUUUACUUCGAACUUCAACGGUCGUUUUUACUACCUAAUCCACCCCACCAAGCUGACCUACGACGAAGCCGUCCAGGCGUGCUUGAAGGAUGGAGCUCAGAUCGCUAAAGUGGGCCAGAUAUUUGCGGCCUGGAAGCUGCUGGGGUACGACCGCUGCGACGCGGGCUGGCUGGCCGACGGCAGCGUCCGCUACCCCAUCUCCCGGCCCAGGAAACGCUGCAGCCCCAACGAGGCCGCUGUCCGCUUCGUGGGCUUCCCCGACAAAAAGCACAAGCUGUACGGUGUCUACUGCUUCAGAGCCUACAACUGAAAAUACCUAGAGUGCAAAAGUUUUAAAUUCAUUAAGAACAUGUGAAAGAUAUAUUUUUUUUUUUGUUUGUGUGUGUUUUUCGUUUUCGAUAUGAACUCAUGCAAGUUACCAAAACUGUGAUAAACCUUUUUUACUUACUGUAAAGAGUCAUUUUCAUCCACCCAACCCAUUAAUUUGUGGGGUGUUUUGUUUUUUUUUUUUUGUUUUAAUAUUUUUGUAAAAGUAUCAUUCCAUAGUUAUUUUAAAUUAAUAUAAUUUAAUGGAAGAUCUAGGUAAGGAAGUUUUAGAGCCAAAUUCUUUAAGCUACGUCAUCCCAACAAAAUAUACUUUUCAUGAAUGGGGCAUGCAAUAGAGCUUGAUAAUUGCUAGGGCACAAUUAUGAAAUGUAAGGCUACUCAAAGCAGAAGCUUUUAAAAGCACAAAUUUUACAUAUUUGUAUCCGUUUGAGAAAUACUGCAAAUUGCUUAUAUCAGGAAUUUUGAAAUAAGAUUAUCUUUUUGUUAAAGGGGAUCAGUGAGGUUUUGCAGAAAAACCUCACAAAAAUGUAGGUUAGAAAAUAACUGUUUUCACUGGUUUCACAUGGGAACAACAGAGUAAAUUAAAAGCAGCUAAAACAGUCCACAAAAGUUGGACUAGUUUUACAAUUUAAAAUCUUGCCUUUCUGAAAAAUGAGCUCAUGGUCCCAUGCAUAGGAACAAGCACAAUUAGUUCUCCUGAACAUUUCAAUUGUGGUUUUGUUGAGUAUAAAUCAUUGAUGGGGGAGUGAAUAAUUAACUAAUGAGAAAAUCCUGUUUUCUUCUUAACUCCAAUUAAAGAUGCCUGAGAAAUGUUGUAUUACCUUUGAGUAGCUUUACUGAGUUAUUUUUAAACUCUUAAAGGCCAUUUGCUAAGCAGCGUAUAGCAUCUACUCAGGGCAGUUGUAUAAAUGAACUGCUGGACAGAGAAAUUGUAAACUUUAGCAGCUUGAUUUUACAUUAGCCUUUGAAAUGUUAUUGUCUUAAUGAAAGAACAGUACAAUAUUUAAUAUUUCUUACCUAUUUACACAUCACAAGAAAUAAAACUUAGAAAAAAACCCAUUAAAAUAAGUAAGUCUUAGAACAAGAUUAUAAAAUAAAAUCUGAAACCAGAUGUUAAGGUUUAGAAGAGAAAAAAACACACUUGUUUCCUUACAUCUCAUUUGUGUCUUAAAAGUACAUUUGUUUUUUAAGCUAUCAAUGGAAAAAAUAGUAUCGCUAGCCCUGAAUUAUUUAGUUAAUCCUCAUUAGAGUUAACAUAAUUAAAAAAAAAAAAAAAAAGCAUUGAAACACUUCUUUUCACUCUAUCUGCAGUGGUCUAGGUGGAAGAUGUUUACUUUUAUCUGCCAGUGUCAGAGAUAAAUGCACUGUGCAUGGUGCCUAGGAUUUCCAGAGCUGCCUAAAACACUAGGUCCUCCCUAAAUACCAGUUUGAGGGAAUUUGGAUUUCUGAUUCAAACUCAUUUUGGAUGCAGCAAUUCUUGGUGCUCAUCUUCAGAUACCUUAAUGCAACCAGUUUUUCAGAGAGUGGGUGCUCAAGGCUUUCUGAAAAUUUACUCCACUUAUGGUGUCUCAAGCUGGAUAUCCAAAAAACCAAGAGGCCACUGAUUGAAAAUAUCUUGGUCUUGAGUAAUCUCUUAGGCAGUUUUGACAUUCUCUAUCCAGUGUUGGUUCUACCACUUAAAAAUGGAGAACUCUUUUUCCUACUCUACGCUUGCUGACUAUGAAGAUUUCAGAGGACCAAUAUUUGUAUUAUGCAAAGUUUUAUAGCUUCCCAUUGUUUCCAUAUCUAAACGAGAUAUAGUGGUAUUUAUCCAAGUAGGACACGAGUGGUAUGCUUUCAUGAAUGGUUUGGUGUAGUUGUUUUCCCGUGGACAUGAGUAAAUAAAUCUCUUUCUCGGA